ACACCUCUCCUCGUACCAGCUUUGACCAUCGGGGGCUCUGCUAGAUCGUCGCAGUACACUGGGGCUUGUUCAACCUUCUUCAGAGACUCAUCCUAUCCUCGUUUGCACCGCCCGAACUGUUCAGCAUGCCGUCCUCUCCGCCUGUCUUCAGCACUCCGCUCACAAAACAAUUCAAGCUAAACCAUCCAAUCAUGCUAGCAGGCAUGAACGUCGCAGCUGGUCCUAAGCUCGCGGCGGCGGUCACGAACGCAGGAGGCAUUGGUGUCAUCGGAGGCAUUCAUGCUAGCCCGAAGGUGCUGCAGGGGAUGAUAGACGACUUGAAGGCCGAGCUCGAGGACAAAGAUGCACCGUUCGGUAUAGACCUAGCGCUGCCGCAGGUCGGAGGGAACGCAAGGAAAACGAAUUACGACUACACCAAGGGCCAGCUGCCCGUGCUCACGGACAUCAUUAUCAAGAGCAAGGCUUCGUUGUUCGUCUGCGCUGUGGGUGUUCCCCCGAAGGACAUGGUCGACAAGCUGCAUGCAGCCGGCAUCUUGGUCAUGAACAUGAUUGGCCAUCCGAAGCAUGUGGAGAAGGCACUCGCACAAGGCGUCGACAUGAUCUGCGCCCAAGGCGGCGAGGGCGGCGGACACACCGGCGACACGCCUUUCUCCAUCCUCAUCCCCGCCGUGGUCGACAUCUGCAAAGACAAGAAGAGCCCACUCACCGGCAAGCCGAUCAUCGUCAUUGCCGCAGGCGGCAUCGCAGAUGGCCGCGGCCUUGCUGCCGCGCUCUCGUAUGGUGCCUCCGGGGUGUGGGUCGGGACGAGGUUCGUGGCGAGUGAAGAGGCGGGUGCGCCCCCGAUACACAAGCAGCAAGUCGUCAGCGCUGGUUAUGAUGAUGUCGUCCGUACCCUCAUCUACUCUGGCCGGCCGAUGAGUGUGCGGAGGACGGCCUAUGUGGCUAGCUGGGACGGCCGGCAAGCAGAGAUUGAUGCUCUCACCGCCGAAGGGAAGAUUCCGCAUGAAGUAGACGUUGGGCAGCACCCUGAGCGCAUGAUUGAGAGUCGCUCAUGGCUCAUGGGCAAAGUAGCUGCAUCGAUCAAGGACGUCAAGCCAGCGAAAGCGAUUGUUGAUGAAAUGGUUUCGACGGCUGCAACAAGCCUCCAGAGGGCGACGAGCCUGAUGAGCGUCGACCAAGUCAUAGCACAAGCAAAGCUGUAAUCUGGGAGCCACCACAAAGCUCCGUUCAGACAUGGUGGACAUCAGUAUAUUGUACACUGGGUUCCGGCUUUUCUCUAAGCU